AUGGUCGUCCACGAGAUCCAUUCAAAGCAGGAAUUCAAGGAAGCCCUUGAAAACCAUGCAACAGUCCUAGUUGACUUCUGGGCUUCGUGGUGCGGACCUUGCCGAAUGAUAAGCCCCAUCAUCGAAAAAUACUCUGAAUUUUCGGAAUAUUCAUCCAUCUACUUCUGCAAGUUAGAAAUUGAUGCGGCCAGAGAGGUUUCUGACGAGCUGGGUAUCCAGACAGUGCCUACUUGCGCGAUGCAUAAGGGCGGUACCAAGGGUGAUGAGGUCCAUGGGGCGUUUCCACAGAUCAUAGAGCAAAUGCUGAGGAAGUAUGUUAAGAAGGAAACGGAUCCUGCUUCAGAAGAGUAA